AACCGUGUCAUAUUCCAUCUGAAGCUAUCAGUCUGGACUCAGCCGUUGAUAUCCUGUAAUUUUUCCAGCUUUUUCGAAAAAUCUGUAACUUUUCGUAUGAGUUUCAUACUCUCAAGUGCAAAAAUGUUUUGUGCCGGAAUACUGCAGCGUAGACUGAGCGUGGGUCUGACUCAAAAACUCGGCUGGACGCCCAAGAAAUUCUACUCUGAGGAGAAGAAGCCCCCGAGUGUUUUCCUGUGGGGCGGCGGACUCGGCAAGCUGCAGGGCGGUCUCAAGGAGGAGGAGUACUUCAUUUCGUUAACCCAGAACCUCAUGGACAAGAUGCGGGACAAGAAGGACCACGGCGACUACUUGCCCAACUGGGAUGAGUUCCAAAAGACCCUGGACCACGCCUCUCUGGGCAGCACCACCUCCUUGAACAAGCACAAGAACUUGCUCGAGGAGGCCUUCUUCCUGAACGAGACCGCAGACGAUUUCAAAGUACUACACGACCGUGCUCAAGAAGACCCCAAAGACCUCAAAAAUGCCACAGAACUGGAACAUAAAUCAAAUCCCCAGAACACCAAAUAGUUAAUUGUUUAUGUUAAUUGCCAUCCACUAAUUCCUUCAGGCGCAUCAUCAUCAAACUUAUCCACAUGGCACGGCUCAAUAAAAUUGUUAGUUGCAAAGUUUAAA